UCAAAGGCACUUGAAGAGGACUGUUGGCCUCUGAAGGGACUGAGCCAGAUCAGACCAGCCUGCUGCUCUUUCUCUCCUUCUCUCCUUUUCUUUUCCCUCUCACUCUCUCUUCCUGUCCUGUCUGUUUAAGGAGAGAAAGGUUGGGAAAUUCCUUCAAGCUACUUUACUUCAGGUUUUUGUGGGAUUUAAACAUGCACACUGAGGUUGUGGUACAGUCCAUGUUAGGGCCGUUGUUUCUGAUUCUGCUCUCUACCGUGGAGGACACUUUGUUACAAUCGGUGAGCCAGGUGGGUGGUUUGUGUAAGCUGUCCACAGAGUCGUCCCUGCGCCGUUGCCGGACACCUGAUGGCAAAAUCUGCAGUGGGAGGGGCAAGUGUGACUGCGGCUCCUGCGUCUGUGAGGCCACAGAGCCAGGGAAGUUCUAUGGUCCACGCUGCGAGUGCCACGACUGGGUCUGCGCUACACAUAAUGGGAAGACUUGCAAUGACCGUGGCUACUGUGACUGUGGGACGUGUGAGUGUGAUGAAGGCUGGCUCGGAGAUACCUGCCAGUACCAAGAGGAGUGUAACCUACCCAAGAAGAAGAGCAAAGAGCUCUGCAAAAAUACACAGGGGGUUGUCUGCUCCAACAGAGGCACCUGCCACUGUGGUAGCUGCGUGUGUGACAAUGAGGACACCAGGGGUCUGGUGACGGGACGUUUCUGUGAGUGUGACGACAGCGAGUGUCUGGACGAGGACACCGGAGAGGUGUGUGGAGGCCAUGGCCAGUGUUACUGUGGAAACUGUUACUGUGCUGCUGGUUGGCAUGGAGACAAAUGUGAAUUCCAGUGCGACAUCAGCCCAUGGGAAAGCAAGCGGAGAUGCACAUCUCCAGAUGGCAAAAUCUGCAGCAACAGAGGGACCUGUGUGUGUGGGGAGUGUAACUGUUAUGAUGUAGAUCCCUCUGGCGACUGGGGAGAUAUUCAUGGAGACACCUGCGAGUGUGAUGAGCGGAACUGUCAUGCAACCUACGACCGAUACACGGAUGACUUCUGCUCAGGUCAUGGCCAGUGUAAUUGUGGCAGAUGUGACUGCAAAGAGGGAUGGGCCGGGAAGAAAUGUGAGCAUCCUCUGUCCUGCUCCUUGUCUCUGGACAGCAGUCUGAAGAAAUGUCGAGGAACGUCCAAUUUGCCCUGCUUCGGACGAGGUCAGUGCCUGUGUGGACAGUGUACUUGCCACCCACCUGGGGACAGUCGUGUUCAUGGCAAAAACUGUGAGUGUGACGACCGUCAGUGUGAGGACAUCGAAGGAGAGGUCUGUAGAGGUCACGGUUACUGUUCAUGUGGACGCUGCAUCUGUGAGGAGGGCUGGUUCGGGAAGCUGUGCCAGUUCCCCAGGUCUUGUGACAUGACUGACGGCCAGAGCAAGGAGUUGUGUGAGUCCUCUGACGGAGUAAUGUGCAGCGGAAAAGGUUCUUGCCACUGCGGCCAAUGUAUCUGCUCUCCGCAAGACUGGUGGGUGUCUGGAGAACACUGCGAGUGUGAUGACCGAGUCUGUGACAAACAUGAUGGUCUCAUCUGCACAGGGAAUGGGUUGUGCAUUUGCGGCAGCUGUGAGUGCUGGGACGGCUGGACGGGAAACGCAUGCGAAAUCUGGGUGGGAGCAGAGUACUGAGGAGGAGAGGACACUGGUGUGUUAGAAACAAGACGCCUGGCUGCCCGGAGCAACCAGGAGCUCCAUCAAUGGUCACCACCAGCCUGGUAAACACCACAGCCUGGAGAAACCACAGGAGGAGGGAGAAGACAAAACUAAACAUGGAUGUAAUUCUGCAUAUCACUAACAACAUUCAUUCUUUUAUUAUACUGGUUACGAAUUAUCCUUAUAAAAACUGGGUGUGGUAGGCCUAAAAAAGAAGCAAACAUAUUACCAUGUAAACAUUUGUUUCCAGAACAGCUUUAUGUAUAACUUUUUUUUUUAAAUAUAAUGUAGGAACGCUUACAUAUUCCAGAUGGCUACACGUAUUAGGAUGCAGGUACAUGACAAAACCAAAUGUUGGAAAGAGAAAAAUUAUUUCAAGUACAUGGGAUACCGUGGGUCUGUUUUUAACUGGUACAAAUUGGUGUGUUGUUCCCAAAUUGGACUGAAGUUUCACUCGUAAAGCUCGAGACAGAGAUUACUGUUUGAGGUUUUUAUUUCUUUUUAAUAAUAAAACAUUAAAUGUGCCGCAUGACACAACAUUUUGCAUGGAAAACAAUGCGAAGACCUUAAUCAUACAUGGUUACAAAUUUGUUAUAACAUGACAUAACUCCAAUGGGCAUACUUGCAAUGGUAUAUAUAUAUAUAUAUUUUUGAAAAUAAAUCAUUUUAAUAGUGCCUAUUCUUCUCCACCGGAAAAUCAAACCAAACGAUCUGUCAUGAAACCCACACUGUACUGAAGGUCCGUGAUGGACGUUUCUCACUCAACUCAUACUAGUGAUAAGGUUAAAUUCUAAGUGGAGGAAACAAAGAGAGGGCAUACAUAGUUCAGUUGUGGCAUGCUGGAUGUCCAUGUCACUUCAAAAGGUGGCAUCAGGGGAUGAGAGCUGCAUUGACACAAGAGCUCAGUCACCACUUAAGAAAAAGAGGACAGAUAAGAAGUCACAAAGAAAAUUUAAUGUAAAUUCUACUUUGGCCUUUUUCAUGCUUAAACUAGCCAACCCCUCUGUUUUCUUUGUCCCAUCAAAAAUGACAGGUGCAAUAAUAUACUGCACACUAUAUUGCAUUAAGUAUGUUACUGACAUUACAGUACACCUUUAUAUAAAUAUUUUAUUCAAUAUGUUGUAUAUGCGUAUACAACAAACACAAACUGUAUAGUGUAGACAAACUCGUUGCAUAUAUGUAUGUAAAAUUAGCGGUACAUACCAACAGUUCUUGAUAGACAUAGCCUACUACAUGCAGUUCAUCAGUUCCAUCCUCUCCCCAUGCAACAGAUGGGACAACAUACAAAAUAAGAGGUUGAAAACAGAAGCAACAAAGAAACUAAGUUUACUAGAAUAUUCUUGUAACACAUCUGAAGAGAGGGGGUGCAAUGCAAACGUGAUCGGGAUCAGGAGACGACAUCACACACGACCCGUAUACGAGAGAAAAUGAGAACAAAAAAACAAAACACGGUGGCUACAGAGAUCCAAACAGACAUGUACAUUUACACACCGGUCAUUUACAAAAAUAAAGUCAGCCUUGGAGGAGCCAGUUAACUAGUCUGCAGGGCUGGAGCAGCAGCCAGCCCAGCAUGUAGAGUUUGUAAGAGUGUAGGAUGAUAAGGUGUAAUGAGGACAGAACAUCAGCCCCAAAUACAACUACAGUGGUUUCCAGCUCCUGUGUGUGUGUGUGGGUGAGUGUAUAGUAUGCCAUUUUUGUUAUAGCAUUAACAGCUUUGUACAGACAAAUAUUGAAUUCUAAUGUACUUUGAUGUGCUGUAAUAAGAAAUGGUCAUGUGUAAUCCCAAUAAACUCAGAAAAUGAUA